UGGAAAUUUUGUUUUGUUUCGACUGUCUGGCUUGUGUAACCCUAGGGCUCAUGACGACACAAUGGUGAUUGCUGGCGGGUAUAAAAGAACCUAGGCACCCCAAAAAUAUUAUAAGUACCAGCAACAUUAGCCGGCACAUCAGCACCAUGAAAUUCUUCAUCGUAUUCCUUGCCCUAUUCGCCUUGGCGGCUGCCGCACCACAAUGGGGCGGAUUUGGUGAUCAGCAGCAACAGCAGCAGGAUGGAUUCGGAGGUGGAUUUGGAGGCGGAUUUGGUGGUCAGCAGCAACAGCAGCAGGAUGGAUUCGGAGCUGGAUUUGGAGGCGGAUUUGGUGGUCAGCAGCAACAGCAGCAGGAUGGAUUCGAAGCUGGAUUUGGAGGCGGAUUUGGUGGUCAGCAGCAACAGCAGCAGGAUGAAUUCGGAGGUGGAUUCGGAGGUGGAUUUGGUGGCCAGCAGCAGCAGCAGGGCUGGUAAACAGCAAAAUUAACUUAAUAAAACAAAAAAUACUCAAAACUAAA